ACUUUUCUUUUAAAUACAAAAAUCAAAGCUAAAAGCCAUGCUUGCAAAUAGAAAAAGUGGGGAGUGAGGCAUGAUCCACACAGGAACAGUCAGCGUGCCUGGCAUUGCUUCGUUCUUAUCAGGGGAAGAUGAGCUUUCCUUCACCAUUCCUUGUGUAGCAGCAGAAAUGGGCCUGUUCUCAGAAGAUGCAGUGCACUAGAUGCAGUGCUUGGAACAAGAUUAAUCAUGGCAUCAGAACUAUGUAAAACAAUCUCUGAGGCAAAGCUGGAAAGGCACAAGAACUUGUUCUUAAAUUACAGAAAUCUCCAUCACUUUCCUUUGGAGUUACUGAAGGACGAGGGGCUGCAGUACUUGGAGAGACUUUAUAUGAAAAGAAAUUCCCUGACCACAUUGCCAGAAAACCUUGCACAGAAGCUUCCAAACCUCGUGGAAUUGUACCUUCAUUCAAAUAACAUAGUUGUUGUACCUGAAGCCAUUGGCUCCCUCGUUAAACUGCAGUUUCUGGACCUAAGCGAUAAUGCCCUCGAAAUUGUGUGUCCAGAGAUUGGUCGCCUGAGAUCUUUACGUCAUCUUCGCUUGGCUAACAACCAGCUGAAAUAUUUACCUGCAGAGGUUGGAGACCUGAGGGAGCUGCAAACGCUGGACAUCUCAACCAAUCGUUUGAUAACGUUACCGGAAAGGCUGCAUAUGUGCCUUUCGCUGCAGUACUUGACUGCAGACCGCAACCACCUGUGGUAUGUUCCACGCCACCUGUGCCAGCUACCAAGCCUCAAUGAGCUUUCCAUGGCUGGAAACCGCCUUGCAUUUCUGCCCCUCGAUUUAGGUCGUUCUCGGGAGCUACAGUAUGUUUACGUGGAUAACAACAUUCAUCUCAAAGGCCUUCCAUCCUAUCUGUAUAAUAAAGUCAUUGGUUGCAGCGGCUGUGGUUCUCCAAUUCAAGUUUCAGAGGUGAAACUGCUCUCCUUUUCAUCGGGACAGUUAACUGUGUUCCUGCCAGCAGAGGUGAAAUCUAUAGGGACAGAAACAGAUCAUGUGCUGCCUUUGCAAGAACUGGCCAUGAGGACCCUCUACAACACCUACUACGUGUAUUUAAAAGAUUUGAACUUCCUGACUCCAAUCUCACUACCCAAAAGCCUUCUGGAAUUACUGCACUGUCCCUUGGGACACUGCCACCGCUGCAGCCAGCCUAUGUUUACCAUUGUCUACCCAAAGCUCUUUCCCUUGAGGGAAACUCCAAUGGCAGGAUUGCAUCAAGGGAGGACAACUGUUAGUUUUGUGGCAUACUGCUGCUCCACCCAGUGUCUGCAGACAUUUGACCUACUGAGUUGAUAAACACUUAAAACUACCCAGGAGUGCUGCCAGUUUAAAGCUGCAUUAGACGUCGUAUCCCGUUGGUACUGGAAUACUGCGCGUGUGCCAAAGCAGCAGAAGUGCCCAGUCGGGAACACUAAGAGGCACUUAAAUCCUGCCCUAUCAAAUUUGGAUGAAGUGCAGAAACUUUUCGGAAGUGUAAAUACCAAGCUUUUAAAAGUAUUAACUUCUCUCUCCUCUAAGACAGCAUACAAACCAAACAAAUUCACAAGUUCUGACUCCAGAUUUCCAGUGUUUUCCAAAUGUGGCUGCCUUCAGGUGGAUCCAUCGUGUAUUUUGAAGCAGUUUUCAUUCCUCUAACAGUGUUCUACUGACAUUUAAUUAAAAAAAAAAAAGUCUUCACUUACUGCUCCCAUCAUCUUCACCCUGCAACUGGAUAUUGGUGCAUAUAGGUCCAAGCGUGUACAAACCUUUGAAGGUUCCAUUAAGUUUUCCACAGAAUUUUAACUUCUCAUUUCAAUAUUUUUCCCAACAGAGUUAUCCCAGUUGUAUACAAAGUCUUUGACAGUUAACUGUGAUAUUUGAAGCUAUGUAUUAAAAGCAGGUCUUUCCUUCUGGUAUUAUUAAAAGCCACACUGUUUCCAUUGUAGUAACUAGGAUAUGUCUGGAGACUACAGAUCCUGUUCCAGUAACAAAGGCUGGUACCGAUAUCUACACUAAGUGACCUUGCUCCUGUGUGUUUGGGGUUACAUUUUAAUCAUCUUUUAAUCACUUAUGUUUUAUUUUUAAAAACCCUUUCCCUUUUGCUUCCUGAGUUCUUCAGGAGAAAGACUUGAAUUAGUCUUGAAAACAUGGUGUAAAUAUUUAUUCAUAUUUAUUGUUUUGACACUUGCAGCCUGCAGACCCACAGAGUUGGGCUUCAUUUUUCUAGAUUCAGCCUUUUACUGAUUUGUGAGAGCUUCUCUGUGGAGCAUUAACCUCAGAGAAGGCUGAAGAAGGAGGGGGGAAGUAUGUGUUUGUCCACGUGUGGGCACGCAUGCAACACAGAUACCCUCAUGGAAGGGCUGUAACGUUUUUUUAGGGUACUAAUGUCAAAUUUAGCACAAAUUUCUAACCAGUAUCAUAUUUGUGAAAUUAGUUUUUUUAGAUGAUGUUCAUUUUAAAGGACAAAGGAUGGAAACAGGCCCAAAACGUCAGCAUGGAUUAAAAUUUACAUUUAAACAGUUAAUAUGGAAUUAUCCCCUUUUGACUUGUUUAGGAACAUACACGUUUUUAAUGUGUUCAGUUUGUUUAAAUUUUUUAAGGUGUAAACUAUUUGUGGAUUUAGGACAGCGUUCUGCUCUGUGAUGGUUAGUUAUAUGCUGAAAUAAAUAUGAAUGAAACUGUGUGUUAUAAAAAUGGCAAGAUAAAGAGACUUGGUAGUAUAUUAGCAUAUGUUGUGGUGAGGUGUGCAUACUUUGAAGGGAGGAGGCAUUAGAAUGUUUUCCUAUUGCCAAAGAAGCAUUUGUUCCCACUGCAGGCUUCCUGGCAUCUCUUCAAUAAACGGAGUAUCGUAAGAGCUUAAAAGGCUACCAGAAAGGCAGUUUUUGAGGGUGGAAUUCUUGGGUUUGUGCAUGUUACUUGUAUAAUUUUUGCUGGUUUUAUUGGGUUGAUUUUAGAGAGUUGAAUUAGCAUUAAGAAAUGUCGAACUUAAUCCUUCAGGAAUGCGAGUGUCAUCUACUCUUAAAGAGUUGUGAAACUUUGCAAAAUAAAUCCCAUUUAAUAAAUCUGCUUUGCAGUAGGGGAAAGAGCCAUGUCCAAACAGACACUUUACUAUUGGAUUUCUUACUGUCAUUUCACUAAUUUGUUUCAAUGUUGGUAUCCCCAACAGGCCUUCCCACCCAGUGGGGUUUAUCACUGAUGCAGAAAAACGAAUCUUCAGCUGUCUUUCUUCGGAACUGCACAAAUGAGAUGUACAUUACCCGUGUACAGUACCUACCUGUAUCAGAAAUGUGCAAGUGUGUAGUACAGAACCCAGUGUUGUUAACGGAUGGUAAGAGAACUAUGGUAGUGUUAGAAAUGCUACUUUUUGACAUAAUACUUUGACCAGGAGUUUUCAGUAUUUUUAUUCUGGCUUCCUCUGUAUCCUUUGAAGGAGAUACUCGUUAGAAGUUUUUGUUCUUUUUUAAUAGCAACUCAUAGGCUUUAAAACAAAGUUGGUCUGAAUUCACCGUGUAAAUGAAAUUGGGUUGGUGAAAUUGGUGUUGGUUUUAUUAGGAGUCAGGUGGUGAGAAUGGAGCUUGCUUUUUGCUUUUUUUCCCCAUGAUAAUUUUCGAGUUCAUAUCAGUCUAUUAUUGUCUGCAAGUGUAGUUCAUCAGAAGAAAUUUGAGUCUGUUCUAUAAGCAGGAUGAAUCUUAACUAACAUUUUAAUAGAUGAUAUUUCAAGAAUGGCAUGUUCAAUGAAUAAAUGACUUAAACAUGCAGUUGAAGCUGAAAUGUCAUACCCUAUUUUUAUAAAACAAGGAAGAGGAAAGCCAAUAGAGACUGAAAAUGCAGCUGAAUUUCAUGUUUCUUUUUUUAAUACAAACAGUGUUUGUAUUCAUCUGCAUCUUUGGGUGAUAUUGUCCUAGACUGAAGUAACUCCAUUCUCACUUGUCCAAACUUUUCUAAACCUGUUCCACUGUAAGAGUACUUCAUAACUAGUUAAUGUGAGAGCCAGCUCUGCAGGUUGUAGAGAGGAGAGGGAGCUUGCUGGUGAUCAAACUGCACCACUAAUUUUUCAAAACGAGGUCAAAUACUUCAUGGCUUCUCUUUAAAGCAUUUAUUUCUAAGUAGUUUUUGAUUAUUCUUGUUGGUCAGACCAGUUCAUGUUGAGAUUAAUUUCUCCUUGAGCUGCAAAAAAUCGUGUUCUAGCAGUAUUUAAAAAGGGUGUGGGUUUUUUAUUUUUUUUGUCAUAAAAUAGAUUAAAAAUAGAUUUCAACUCUUUGCUUAAGGUGAGAGCGAGAGAAGUUUCUGAUUUUUGUAGACAUAAAGAGAAGUGCAGGAGAGGAAAGAGGAGAUAAAUUGGUAACUCAUUGAUACUGCUGUGAAAUUUCGGUGAGUAAAGGUUAACUCCUAAUGUAAUUAAGAAGCAUAUGCAUAAUUUAUGUUGUCAUAAGAGACACCAUGUUAAUAAAACUGAGACCCUACUGGGUUGUGCUUAUAGAGAUUACUUCUUGUUCUGCCACAAAGGAAAUGGGAAUAUCUGGCUUUGUUUAAAAGUACUUGAGCAGUUUUACACUGGACACUUACAUCUGGAGCAUUAUUCUUGGGAACCUUCUUGCUACUGCCCCCCAUAGAGAAUCAGAAAUACAGAUGUCCUGUCCCAAGCCAAGAACAAGCUCUAAUAUCAAGAAGUGAAUAUUUUCCUGUUUCGGCCUGGUGCUUCUCUUGGGUUCUUACUGAAGUUCAUUACGAACCAUCUAUUUACUUCGUUGUGGUGAGGGUAAGAUCUUACAUUGAACAGAGUGGAGCUGCUUAUUGCCCAGUUGGCUUCAAGUCUUAUAUAUCAAAUUCUGCUGAAUCCCUUUUUCUGGCAUGAAGGGAGGAUGAGACUUAAUGCAUGUGUGGUAACAGCGUGUCAGGUUUUACUGACAUCACAGCCAAGCUGAAGACUGGAAAGUGACAAACCUUUCACUAGAGAGGGUGACUUAUUUUUUGAAGGCCUCUGUGGCCACAUCAGUACCACUGAUAUAGAAGAAUUUUUGCCUUGAUGUCAGAUGAGGUUGGAUCAAGUUCUAACUGAUGAGAGAGAAGAAUGUGUUUUACCAUCUUUGUAUUUCUUGCAAAAAUGGGGACGAUGUCAUUGAUCUGUGCCUGCUGUUAGGCAACCUUUCUAUCUGCAGCGGAACUUAUGCAAUUACAAGAUGUGAUUCUCUUUGCCUCUUACCUCCCUCUUACUACUCCUCAUGUUGUUGCAAAAUGUUACAGUUAACUUGUGAUGGACGAGGAUGAGUAAAUUGAAUCCAGAGUUUUUCUUACUUUUUGUAUUACACACCUAUUUUGUAAGAGACCAAAGGUCUGGUAGAAAGAAAUGGCAAGGUUCUUGUGAAGUCUUCGUUGUUUUUGCUGUAUGUACCCAUCUUUGGAUUACGACUUGAACUUGGAUUGCAACUGAGUUCAUUUUGUCUGCUGAAAGCAUAUGUGUACUGCUUUUUUGCUCUGUAUUAACCAAAUGUCACUUAGUGUGCAGGUGAGCUUGCUAGCUAUUUUAUUUCAAGCUAGUGUUGCAAUUUAUUGUAUGUGCUUGUUAAUAAACUAUAUUUUUGGAUAGAA